AUGGUCGGUCCCCGUGGUGGCCCGUCUCGCAAGAGCCACACCAAGUCUCGUAACGGCUGUAAAACCUGCAAAAGACGACAUAUUAGAUGCGACGAGAGCUUUCCGCAAUGUCGCAACUGUACCAAACAUAACUGUCGCUGCGACUACAUGGACUCAUCCACUGCCAAAGACACCGCCUCCAACUCACGCAACGCCCCUGACCUCCUCAUGUCGCCAGAGAUCGAGAGCGAAAUAGAGAGUUGGCACGUCACUGGUGUGCCUCCCUUCCCGGAACUGCUCCACUGCCCCCAGAAUGGAUGGCAUGGGCUGUCGCGGACGGAUUUGCGAUUGAUUCAUCACAUUACGGGUCUCUCGAUCGAUCUUCACCGUCGCGGAUUUAGUAACUGCACGACCUGGGCGCGGUUGAUGCCCAACUUCCUUGUAGUUGCGUUGUCGAACGACUACGUGAUGAGCUCUAUACUAGCCCUAUCAGCCGUUCACCUGGCCUGGAUUACCCGGAACAAAGACACCAAGUAUCUCGCACACCGUCACCGAGGAACAGCAAUCAAGGGACUACACAAGGCUAUUGGCACAUUCUCGAAUGACAACAGCGAGGCAAUCCUAGCAGCAUCGACUUUGCUAUCGUGGCAGACAACGGAAUGGCAGAGUUGGGCAUCUCUGCAGAAGGGAAUCACUUCAGUCUUGAGCACGAUGCAUCCAGUUUGGAGGCAGAAGUCAGAAAUAGCCCAGUUCCUUGAGAGCCAGAGGUGUCUAGGAUGCACCAACUCCCCGGUCAUGUCCGGAUUUCAAUUCCAGGAGAAGAACCUGGCCAGUGUCGACCGGACUAUCACGGCCCUCGAGAAUGCACAAGAACAAGUUCUGCACAGCCACCAAGAGCACUACUGUCGAAUUGGGGAACUGUUGGGUUUCUUGCGCCAAUUCCGUAAGAACCUUCCGAAACAAACUCCUCAGGAAGCUUUCGAAUAUGUUCAGCCCUUGCGGCAAUGGCUGUUCUGGUUGCCUCCUGCCAUGCUCCGGGGCGGAGAAACCGAUAUCAGCGCCCUCGCCAUUCUUUCCCAAUUCUUUGCUACUGCAGUCACUUUGGAUGCGGUCUUCCCUGAUUUAGGCGGCGCAUACUUGGGGCCUCUCUCAAUGGGGCCCAUCGAGGAUAUCUACCAGAUCAUCGUUGCUCGUAACACGACAGAUCCGUUCAACCCGGAACUACAACUAGCUCUCGCCUUAAUGGACCUCCCACAGCAAGCAGUUGCUCAAUACAAGAACCGCUUGUAUUUGUCGCCGCGAUCCUCCAUCGAUUAUACCUCUCCACCGCCACCCAGUCCUUAUGCUCCGGUUCAAGACUUCCAGGCGGCUUCUUCAUCUUCUCCGUCCACCUCACCCUCAUUUACACCAUACACCCCUCCCCUCCACUCGCCCCCGGAAGUGAGCGUUGCAACCUCUCCAUUCGAGUUCGUUGAUUACGUGACAGCGCCGACACAGGCGUUAUACCCACCGUCACCGGGCUUACUCUCUGAAUCAUGCGAGGGUGUGUCUGAUUUUUCAUCAGCCUAUCCUGAUGACUUCCUCUGCAGCGGUGGUCUCUCUCGAACAAACGACACUCCGGAAAUGGUUUUUGGGUAUUACCCUCCACCAGAGACCAAUCGGGAUCUGCUUGCGCCCGAGUCUAAUUGGGCAUGA